UGUUCAGUACAACAGUCCGCCGCAGAGGCCCUUUAAACGCACUCUUCUGUCGGCACGACUACUAUACACAUCGGAGUGGUCGGCUUCCCUUUCUUCUUCUUCUUUUUUUAAUUCUUAAGAGGACUGUUUUUAUCGGAGAUACCUGAGUCGAGACACAGGAGUCAUAUUUGAUGCUGGUUUUUGGGGAACGGUGUGCGACUUCGCGGUCGUGACACGACUUUGACGGGCGCGGUGCGGCGGAGUUGGCGCACUGCUGGACUGGAUUUAACAGUUGCUCGCAGCCAAGACGGUUCGCGCCACCAUUUACACUGCGUCUGAACCCACUUCUUUUCUUACUUAUAUUGUUUCGUCGGACUCCGAGUGAUUGAAUAGAGGUCGUCUACACGGUCGUUUCAGCUCGAAUAUGUUGCUGUCAAAGUUUGGUUCAUUUUCGUAUAUUUGCAAUCACUCGAGUAUGGACCAUCUACCAGUGAAAAUACAGCUUCAGCCGGUUAAAGUGGAGAAGGAGCCUUUCGAGAAGGUUUACCAAGUGGGAUCCGUUCUGGGAAGUGGCGGAUUCGGAACUGUGUACGCCGGCAACCGUCUCUCUGACGGCACACCGGUUGCCGUGAAGCAUGUCGCCAAGGAGCGGGUGACGGAGUGGGGCACAAUUAACGGUACUAUGGUGCCUUUGGAGAUCCUGCUGCUAAAGAAGGUCAGCUCGUCUUUUCGCGGAGUUAUCAAAUUGCUGGACUAUUACGAGCGCGCGGACGGCUGGCUCAUCGUCAUGGAGAGGCCGGAGCUCGUGAAGGAUCUGUUCGACUUCAUCACUGAGAAGGGCGCCCUGGACGAGGACACGGCUCGAGGCUUUUUUCGACAGGUUUUGGAGGCGGUCAGACACUGCUACAGCUGCGGCGUGGUACACAGAGACAUCAAAGAUGAGAACCUGCUGGUGGAUCUACGCACCGGGGAGCUCAAGCUUAUCGAUUUCGGCUCAGGGGCGAUUCUCAAGGACACAGUCUACACCGAUUUCGAUGGUACAAGAGUCUACAGCCCACCAGAGUGGAUCCGCUUUCACAGAUACCACGGACGCUCUGCGACGGUUUGGUCAUUAGGCGUGCUGCUGUACGACAUGGUGUGCGGAGACAUCCCCUUUGAGCAGGACGAGGAGAUCCUAAGAGGGAGACUGUAUUUCAGGAGGAGGAUCUCAGCUGAGUGCCAGCAGCUGAUCAAAUGGUGUCUGGCCCUGCGGCCCUCAGACCGGCCCACUCUGGAGCAGAUCUGCGACCACCCCUGGAUGAGGGCAGUGGCAGAAUCACCCAAGUCACCGGAGGAGCCUGUGGGCAGCGACAUCCGCCUCAGGACCAUCGACACAGAUUCUUCAUCAAGCACAAGCUCGAGCAAGGAGAGCCUCUGAGGGAGGCUCUGAUAGACUUUUUUUUUGUUGGGGGGGGGGGACAAAAAACAAAUAAGACUUUGUGGGAAAAGAAGGGGUGGGGAUAGAAGGACUGAUCUGCAACCGGACCCUCUGACCCAGCAGGCCCGGCAAGAAAAAUGUACUUUAAUUUUCCUCUUUUGUAGGGAAUUUCUAAUUUAUUACUUAUGUGUUCUUUUUAUCUUAUAGUCCCAUCCCCUCUUUUCCUUUCAGUUGAUUUUUACUUGUUUCCUAAUGGGAAACAUUUUGCUGUUUGGGCGGUCUUACCAGCACUAUUUAUUCCCCCCCUCCCCACUUUUAAAUUUUAAUUUUACUUGUUUUGUUACUAGGCUGGUAUAUACAGCUGGCAAGGCCCUCCUUUUCAGACAUGGCUGCUCUCAUAGAG